GGGUUCCAAUGUCAAACAACAAUUCACAAAUGCUUUAUGGAUCAGUCAUGAAGCCAUCAAUAAGACCAACGUUUGGGUUGGUCUUCCUGCACAAUCAAAUAAGACUUCAGGCGACUAGCUAACCCCACCUAGCGGUGUUCGGAUAUCUUUGGCCAAAAACUUUGUUUUCAUUCCAAGCCAAUGUGGCUGAGCUCUGAUUCAUUCAGGUGAAAUUUGGAACAAUUUUAAACGUCUCUGUGUCACUGCAGAGCUGGCAGUACAGAAGAUGAACACUGGAUGAAGCAAAAUGACCAGUGUGUGUAGGAGCGAUUUAGGUGGAGACACAUAAUUAUUUAAAAAAAUGUUAACUGGCCAGAACGUUUUGUUGGCUUGUUUUUUUGUUGUUGGCUUGUUUCUUAUAAUAAGAGUUGCAGAGAUUUCUUACAGUUGAUCAUUCUGUGUAAGCUCAGCUCAGCGUUAUGGCUAAUCACCAUGACCGAAGGUAAGCUAAACUGUAGCAUAACAUAUUCUCUCCAUCACUGAAAUGCUUUGCUGAUAUUGUAGCUCGCCAGAGCCUCAAAUCACAUUUUUUCUUAUAUUAUAUCUAUGUGUAUAUAUUUAUGUAUAUAUAUAUAUAUAUAUAUAUAUAUAUGCAUCAUCAUUUUAAUCGGCCCUGAGCACCUCAGAGAUCAAUUAUCUGGUGAUGUGGAUUCUGUAGACGGCAUUGCCCUGGCAUCCAACACCACUGUAAAGAAUCUUGGCGUUAUCUUUGAUCGGGACUUGUCCUUUAACUCCCACGUAAAGCAAAUCUCAAGGACUGCAUUCUUUCAUCUACGUAAUAUUUCAAAAAUCAGGCACAUCUUGUCUCAAAAAGAUGCAGAAAAAUUGGUUCACGCGUUCGUUACUUCGAGACUGGAUUACUGCAACUCCUUAUUAGCAGGCUGCUCUAAUAAAUCUCUUAGGUCCCUCCAGUUGAUCCAGAAUGCUGCAGCUCGUGUUCUCACUAAAACUAAGAAAAGAGAUCACAUCACUCCUGCACUAGCUGCUCUGCACUGGCUCCCAGUAAAAUCAAGAAUCACUUUUAAAAUUCUUCUCUUAACCUACAAAGCCUUGAUUGGUGAUGCUCCAUCAUAUCUUAAGGAGCUUGUCGUACCAUAUUGCCCCACUAGAGAGCUACGCUCACUAAAUGCGGGACUACUUGUAGUUCCUAGAGUCUUAAAAAGUAGAAUGGGAGCCAGAGCCUUUAGUUAUCAAGCUCCUCUUUUAUGGAACCAGCUUCCAAUUUCAGUCCGGGAGGCAGACACAGUCACCUCGUUUAAGAGUAGACUUAAGACCUUCCUCUUUGACAGAGCUUAUAGUUAGGGCUGAAUCAGGUUUGCCCUGGUCCAGCCCCUUGAUAUGCUGCUAUAGGCUUAUAGCUGCCGGGGGAAGUUGUAGGAUGCACUAAGUACCUAUCUCCUCUUUUUCUCUCCUUAAGGAUGAAUUUUCAUCUCUCAAUCACACGUUACUAACUCUGCUUUCUCCCCGGAAGUCCUUUUGACUUUACGUCUCAUGGGGUCAUCGGACCCUAUGAGACGGCAUAGAUCCUAUCUGCCUGAUGGAUCGUCUGGGUCGUGGAAUUCCUGCUCAUGACUACGCCACUGUCCUGUUGAGACUCCGCCCUCCUCCUCCCCACCGCCAUCUGCCUGAUGGAUCGUGGAGGUCUCCAUCGUGGAAUAUGCCUACUAUGAACUAUUCAUACACUCUGUCAUAUUCAUUGAAUGUAUUUUAACUCUAAAUCUGUCCUUCUGUACACAUUACAUCUAUUGCAUCUGUCCAUCCUAGGAGAGGGAUCCUCCUCUGUUGCUCUCCUGCAGGUUUCUUCCCUUUUUUUCCCCCCUGAAGGGUUAUUUGGGAGUUUUUCCUGGUCCGAUGUGAGGUUUUGGGGCAGGGAUGUCUAUGUGUACAGAUUGUAAAGCACUCCGAGACAAAUUUGUAAUUUGUGAAAUUGGGCUAUACAAAUAAACUGAAUUGAACUGAAUUGAAUCAUCGAUCCUGGCACCGAACGACACAGCAAGAUGACAUUAUCAAUUGUGUAACUUUAGCCAACUACUCAGAGGUGAUUCAUAUUUGCCCUUUUUGCCUCCAGCUAACACUGUGCAGUAAUCAUAAUGUUGCCACUAAAUGGUCCAUGUGGAAACGAGAAGCUAGUUUGAUUCAAAUUUACUGAAGCCCUUAUCGCGUUCGACUCGUUUGAAAUGAAUGGUAUUACCAGUCCAUGCUGAUGCCGGAGCUGUCAACAAUCUUUAAUAUCAAAAUACCACGAUGAACUCAAGUUUAUCCAGAAUUUAGUCAUUCAUUAAAUGCCAUUUCAAACAGUUCGGUUCGGUGGGAGUUGACGGUGUUUCUGAUGAGAAUACAGGUACCAUGAGGUGACGCUACUUUGUGUGUGAUGCUUGUUAUCUUCUGUAACAUCAUUGUGUCGCACAGCCAUUGUUAAGGCCAGCUGCUUCCUGUCUGCGGGUCAUUAUUUGCAGCAAGGCCCAUAAUGAGGUACUUAAAUGGUAACAAGCUUCCUGCCUGCCGACAAACCUCCGAUUCUCCACCACUUUCUAUCUUGUUCCCAUUCUAGCAAGAUAUCAAAUAUACUUCUGUGAAUGGACACAUCACAUUUUUUUCCCAUCACUUCCUAUAAAGCUGAUGUUUGAUAUACUAACAAGGUGUCUAUGUUCAGCAUCUACGGAUGCUUUUAGUCCACAGAUGUUCUCACCGAGGUUGUCUUAGAGAAAGUGGUAAGCUGAGAUGAUGUGUAUGGACAUGAUGGAAUCAUCAUUGUUGUGUCUACUAGAUGCAGUGAACACAUUUGUAGGAUGAACUUCAAGUCUGUAACAUUAGUUUUUUACACCAUUGUCUGCUCAGUGACUACCAUUCCCCCAGUUGAAAAAACUAUUGAACCACUCAUACCUUUAUAUGUUCAAUUAAGAAUGGGGAAGUCCUGGAAAAUUGCCAUGCAAAUGAUAAAUGGCUUUAUGUACUAGUUACUAUGUAAAGAUACAGCGGAGUCUACCUAAGCAGCGAAUGAAGUCGCUCUCUUAGUUUAACUUUCAACAGUACAUAAACUUGUCAUGUCAGUAUUUUUUAAUAGUUUUACUAUGAUACUUGCCGCAGAUGCAAAUAAAAGUGUGUGAUUGGGUAUAAAUUGUAUUGAUUCCAACACUGCAGGGAGCUGCUGUCACAAGGCUUUGGGUUAGGGGUGGGAGCUGAGCUGAAAGGCACACGGUUUUAUUCACAGGUCCAUCUCGGUUGAAUUGUCUACUGUUCGCUGUUCUCUCAUCUAGCACCAUCAUCAGGUCAACAUUAAUUUAGUCUAGUACUGUACCUUGGUUUAUGGCUGAAUAUCUAAAAAACAAUAACAUCAGCUGUACAUUGUGUUUAGUGCUAAUUAGCAAGUGUUAGCAUGCUACCACUUAAACUUAUGUUAUACCCGCUAAACAUCAACAUGCUAAACACUCAACAACACAUUUGACUGUGCAGUUACUCUUUAAGCUCAAGCACAGUUUCACAAGCCGUUAGCAUGGUUGUAGCUUCCAUAAUGAUCCCUGUGUUUGUGAGAACGCGUUUUUAUGGUUGAAUGGCGCUCCUAGCGAUUGCGGUUAUGUAUUACAAUGAGUUUACAAGUUGGAAGGUCAAGACUCUGGAUGGAUUAUUUGAUAUCAAAUGAAUGACACUGUAUGUAAUAUUCAAAUGUAUUAUUUAGAAUUAUGGGAGAUAUUAAGUGAUUGUGGAAGGAAUCCAGAAAACAUCAAGCCCCCACCAAAAAGGUUAAUGUAAGCAACCUGGAGAAUGGAGCAGAUAAGAGGACACACUCAGGCCUGAGGACUGAUCAGGGAUGGACGGGGGUUGGGUUGACCAACACCUAACAUGGAGAAAGUGAUAAGGAACAAGAGAACAAGCUAUUGUCCAAUUGAUGGACUAGAAGAGGAGGAAGGGGUCUUUGACUUUAAGCUUACAAAGCUGAAAAAGGCGAACGUUCAGGAGAUCUACGUCGGUCUGCCAGGGGGUAGGCACUGGAUCUCUGUUCCAUUGGAUAUAAUAUGUAUAAUUAAUAGUGUGAUUCAAUUUUUAAUUGUGUUGGCUGUAUAUUUUAUAUAAAUCAUUUUUAUUGUAACUGGAACCAUCAAUUCGGCAACAUUUUGUUGACGGACCUCAUUGCAGAAGCAACUCUCCUUAAAGAAGGCCAUUCAUUCCAUAACCGUUAAAAGGUGGAAUCAAACACAACUCCAAAUCAAUUAUAAUAAAUAAGUAGCUGUAUGCUCACAAGUUUGCUAAUUUAAGCUUAUAGUUGACAACAUAGUGUUAUUGCAGGUUGAAUUUACUAUGACUAUUUAUUUCACAAGAUUUUGUUGUCUCAUUUUCACUUAAGAUCAUUUCCCCAACCCCACAUAAAUAACUUUUUUUCUGCCAAGACAACAUCUUGGCAGAAAAAGUAAUACGACAAUAGGCCUAAUGCCUUUGUCUUUUAGAGAAGCAUCAAUUGUUUGCUCAACCUGCCAGUAUGAACACACACACACACACACACACACACAAUGAUAUUCAGUAAUAAGAUGGUGGGCUCUCCACAACAGCAACAUGACUAAAAAAAAUAGGACACUAACAAGCUAACAGCACUUCCACUAGAGCUGCCCUCUUGCACACUAAACUCAAAGUUGGUUUGAUCUGGUGAAAGGUGUGUAUGCUUGCGGAUAUGUGUGGGUGGCUUAGGGGGAAGGGGCAUUAAAACACUGCAGUCCAGGGUAUAUAACUAUCUACGUCAAGAAUCCGAUGCUUUUCAACUACCGUCGACGGCGCACAGCGACUUCCAGAAGCAACCAGCAAACCAAACACACAGCAAAAAAGUGUAAAUUCAAGUUUUUAUCCAAAUAUAUUUCUAUUCACAGAAGGCAGAAGAAAUACGUGGCAACCAACAGAAAGUACCUAACUGCACAUACAGUUAGUUUAGUUGUUUAAUUAGUUCUUCAAUUAGUUGUUCGCCCUGGAACAAAUCUCUGCUUGUGGGGCGUGACCUUUAACCUCUGAAGUUGAGCCCUGAAAGGUUCCUUGCUGUUACAAACUUUCAACAGACAACUCAUCCACCUGAGAAGCAGGUAAGAAAUCAGCCGGACUACCAACAACUUUGCAUGAAGCUCAUUUUAUUUUUAAGCUGUGUUGUUUGUUCGUGUUUUUUUUCUCUUCCCACAAGAGUCUUAAGAUAAUAGACAAAUUGUGUCUCGUUGACUGUGACUGAGCGCAUACUAAACCUCUACUACUCUAAUACUAAAGAAAAGUGAGGAUUUUUAAAGGGUGUUAGGAUUUGUUACAGACUCUGUAUUGGAGUGUAUACAAUGUAAUUUCCUGGUAGAUUUCUGUUCUUGAUUUUAAAAGACCUUUGAUAGAGCUCCAAGUGGAUUACAUAGAAAUUAUUACAUAUUCAAAGACUAUUUUAUUUCAUUUAAAAUAUACUGUAUUCUAAGUGUGACAAAAAACAAGACAUCAACCACAUGGUUGAGAAAGUGCAUUAUACAGAAUUACUUUGUAAUUGAAAGAAUCCUAACGUUAAUGGUCGCAAUAUGGUCGCCUUGAAUUGUAGAAAACAUACUAAUAUGUAUUAUGAUAGAUAUAUAGUAUGUAUCAUACUAUAUAGUAGGUUUUUUAAUAGUUAUUUCUCUCUUAUUUUGUUGUUAAAUCGGUUUGUAAAUAUACUAUUCAGUUAACUUGCAUUGUUAAGGCACUAUCUUUUUUUCUUCUUUCUUUAGUUUUUUUUAGGAUGUCUGAGCUGCCUGCUAUCCCCCGUAUGUCCUUCCUAUUGCUUUGCAUUCUGGGUUUGACCUUGGUGAUAUCGGGCUUCCCUCAACCUCGACUACUCAGAAGAUCUGAGGAUUCAGAGGAACCGAAACGAGACGACUGGGAGGUCAUCUUCCCCUCCAUCUCUCUCCGUGAUUGGAGUAUUCAAAUGGUGUCAGCGCCCAGCCUCGGAGCUGAUAGCAAGGCAAGACUGAUGAAGGGGACGUGGCUGUUUGCCCCUGAGAAGGCAGAGGCGAGCGCAGCGAGGGCGUGGCCCGGCGAGUGGUUGUCUCAGGGCGCCGGUAUGGUGAAGAGGAACAUGGUGGCGGAUGACGCGGCCUUCAGAGAGAAGAGUAAACUCUUCACCUCCAUGGAAAGACAGAAGUGGCUCAACUCCUACAUGCAGAAACUACUGGUGGUGAAUUCUUCAUGAUCAUUUACUCUUUACAGUCAAAUUCACCCUCCUCUCUGCUUCCUGCACUGGCAAAAAGCUUUUUGAAAGGAUAAUCCCGGGUCUCUGGGGCUUUUGCUUAGUCCAUCAGUUUGUGAGACAAGGAAAUAUUGUACAAAUCAAGUCAUUAACACCUGCUGUAUUAUUAGUCUAUCAUCUUAACAUUUUAUUCCGACUUUUUGUAGCACUUUCAAUAUCUUAUAAUGCUGGGAAAAAAAUGUUUUUUUUUCUUCUUCAAUUUGAUGAAUGAAGAGAUGCAAAUUAUGUUUUCAAUGACCAACUUGUGUCUGGCUUCUUUCAGUUGUAUGGCUGAAUGUAAUACUAUUGUUAUUCUUUUUAGUCAUCUAUAUGUAUUUUUAAAGACAUAUUUAGCUUUCAAAUAAAUAUAUUAUACACUUAAAAAAUAGUGGUUUAACAUACUGAGAGACUUUCGAAGAGGGUGAUGAGAAGAUUGAUACACAUCUCAUGUCAUUAAGCAUUAAGGACUGAUCUGGAGUCAGGUUGUGUUUAGCCUAGAUUAGCAACCAUUAAGUCUUAAAAAAUGUGGGAAACAGCUGUUUAAAGUUUGAUUCAUGUAUGGAUUGAAGACAAGGAGAAACAUGUUAAUUAAUGAAAAUGUCAGUGUGUUGCAGGUAUUUACUUUACUCUGGAUCAGGCCAGGGGAGCUGUUUACCCGUCUUUAUGCUAAGCUAGGCUAGUCAUGUGGCAAGUGUUUCCCAAAAUCAAUUGUAGCCUAUAAGACAUUUUGAAAAUGUCUUAUACAAUGCAGUGUUUCCCCUACCACGGUCCGCCCCCCUGUAAUAACCCCCCUGUCAUUUUCUCAAUAGCGCCAGAUUACAACAGAAGUAAUAUACGUGUACACACCUUGUUCUUUUAUUAAAUUAAACGGCCGUCUGUUAUUGAUCGUA